AGGAAGACAACACUGCACAAAAAUCUAACCUGUCUUAUGAGUCACUUUUCAAAAUGGUUAAUAGAAAGGGUGUAUACCGACGUCUGAUGGACUUUUAACAUAUUCAGGAGAAUGUAGAAGCUUUUUACGUGUAAUCGGUUUGGCAUUUGUCCGCAAAAAUGUCGAGAUUUUUCCGAUUCCUAAGCCGCCGCCGAACUGGCAGACGGCAGAAGCUUGGAGAACAAGCACCCAUCAAAAAGAAGAAUGCUAUUACUUGUACGGUUAUGUUAUUGGAUGCUACAGACUUCACAUUAGAUCUCUCCAAAAAAGCUGAAGGCAAAGAACUGUUUGAGCAGAUUUUCUAUCACCUUGAUAUCGUAGAGAAGGAUUACUUUGGAUUACAGUAUACGGACCACCAUAAUGUCAAUCACUGGUUAGACCCGACUAAAAAGAUCAAGAAGCAGGUGAAAAUUGGACCACACUAUACAUUCCGAUUCCGUGUCAAAUUCUACCCAUCCGACCCCAACAAUUUACAUGAGGAACUUACAAGAUAUCAGUUUUUCCUACAGUUAAAAAAUGAUCUUCUGUCCGGCAGACUUGAAGCCAACUUUGAUACCAUAGUAGAAUUAUCAGGCUUUGCCCUCCAAUCUGAGCUCGGUGACUAUGACGCAGAAGUGCACACGCCCGGUGUUAUAUCGGAGUUCCACUUCGUCCCACACCAGACAGAGGAAAUGGAGUUGGCCAUGAUGGAACAAUUUAAAACCUGCAGGGGCCAGACUCCAGCUAUGGCCGAGCUCAACUACCUGAACAAAGCCAAGUACCUAGAGAUGUAUGGUGUGGACAUGCAUUCUGUGAUGGGCCGCGAUGGAUCAGAAUAUAAGUUAGGUCUCACUCCAACAGGGAUAUUGGUAUACGAGGGCACAGCAAAGAUCGGACUUUUCUUCUGGCCUAAAAUGACAAAAUUAGACUUUCGCGGUAAACUCCUGACUCUGAUUGUGGUCGAGGAUGACAACGAGGGGAGAGAACAAGAACACACUUUUGUGUUCCGUAUCACCACAGAAAAGGCAUGCAAACAUUUGUGGAAGUGUGCACUGGAACAUCAUGCAUUCUUCCGUCUCAAGGGGCCAGUAAAGGGACCAGGCACUCGACAGAAUUUCUUCAGAAUGGGGUCAAGGUUUCGAUACAGUGGAAGGACAGAAUAUCAAACGUCUUCUGUAAGUCGAGCACGGCGCAGUGUACGAUUUGAACGUAAAGGAAGUCAGCGCUAUUCCCGGCGACCGACAUUUGAAAAGAAGGAAAGAGAGGCAGCCAUGAAACGAGAACAGGAGAAAAGAGACGCAAAGAAACGAGUAUCUGCCGAGCGACAAGACAGACAACAACAAAAGGCCGUCGUAGAGACUAACAUCCCUUCGACCCCAGUCGCUCCAGUGGCAUCAUCAAAAGUAAAAACUCCGCCAACAAGCCCCACCCCUAAAUCUCCAGUAACCAAUGGUACAACAGCGGCUUGGGGGAAGCACAGAAAAUCGGGGACAGACAAGGACAUACCAGACGCUGCCUCCCGGUCCAAGUCCCCGGUCCCGGGGGCCUCGGGACAUGACAAGGAUGUCAACCUUAAAGAAGCAUCUGAGGCUGCUCAGGCUAAAAUCAAAGGUCUUGAUGAAACACGACACAUACGACCUCCAGUGCAAAAGGUCAAGCCGGAUGUGAACAACUUCCAGAACAAUCAGGUGAAAUUUUCAGGUGGUCCUGCAGUCAUACCUCCUGAUCAGAUGAAGUGCAAUAUUCUCAAGGCUAAGAUGGAAGAAGAACUCCGCAAAGGACAACCAGAGGAGGAGAGUGAAGCUGAUGAACACUCGGAGGAGGAGCAGCAGAGGAGAAUUAAGCGCCCAUAUUUCUUCGACAGUAACAAAGACGAGGAAAGUGAGUCCGAGGACGAAAUCAGCCGCACCAAAAAGGGGUUACGUGUGGAUAUUAAAUCAAUCGAAGAUGACAAAGGACAGAUCAGUCCAAGGAGUACCCACAGUGACAAAGUGUUCCACGGCUCAGUGUCAUCAGGCCCAACUGUCAAUCACACAGGGGUCGAAAGUCAAGCCCGGUUGACUAACCUCAACAAUGAUGUGUUCAUCUUGACGCCCCCUCCCAGCAGUGUCACGAAACAGCCGACCAUGAGCACCACAAGCACAGGCAGCACCGCAGACGGUGACAGUACAGACUCCCCUCCCUCAGGGGUCCGGUCCCCCAAGUCUAGGGUAGUAUCUACUGACUCUGAGUCUGAAAAACCUACCCUGAGAAUGCCUUCCUCGUCCUCCAGCCUCAGACAGCCCCGGGUAUCAUCCACCUCCUCCUCUGGGUCUGUCUCGCCCACAAGUCCGCAACUUCCGACCACUCAGCCCAGCAUCCCUGCUAGACCCCCACUCCCCAACAGAGGAAGCAACAUCCCUCGAUUAUCUAGCACAAAUGAGACACCAUCCCAUGCUGAUAAUGAUGAAGGGGAGAUAAUCAUUGACUUCCCCACUUUGGAGAAAAAAAAGGAUAGCAAAAUUCCCAAGCCAGCCCCUAGGUCUAGUAUUGCAUCUCCGAGUACUAAUGAGGCUCCGACUCUACCCAAGAGCAAAAUUCCUCCUCCUUCUCAGAUUCCCUCUCCAAGGACUUCAACUAAUCCCUUUGCAGCUCCUCCCCCUCCAAUUCAACAGGCCCCAAGGCCCACAAAUCCCUUUGCAUCCCCACCUCCUCCAAGUCAGAUCCCUGCAAAGCCCAAGAUGAUAACACCCCCAAAGUCUUCAAACCCCUUUGCGGCUCCUGCUCCGCCUCCUCCUGUUCCCAAAAAAUCUACCAACCCCUUCCUUGAUGAUGAGAAGGAAGAGAUAGAAGAGAUGAAUAAGCCUCCAACAUCAGUUAAACCAGCCUCUGUACCUAAAACCCGGGAGUCUCGUAUACCUAAACUACCCACAAGCCCCACCACCAAAACUGAUGACUCCCUUAGGAACAGUUUUAAGAAAGAGAAUUCUGGCCCAAUAACUCAGGAUGGGCCCCCACCUAGACCCCCAAAAGCCCCACGAACCUCGGCUAAUCUCAGCUCUAUCCCAGUACCAAAAUCUGCCUCCCCAGCCUCCCCUACAGGUGGUCCAGCCUCGUACUCCCUCUCCACCACCACCAACACCGUCGGGAAGAAGGAGCAGAGUGGAAUUCCUGCCCCUGUGGUCAUUGAAACAUCCUUUUCUGGAAACAAGAUGGUGACACGUACGACGUCCUCAACGAGUACACGAAGCCUACCUGGCGGACAGUCCCAUAUCAGUCAAACGAUAACAGUGUCGCGCAAUAAGUCAGACUCUAGUAGCCGUAAUACUGCCAUCAACGGGGAUAAUUUAUCGCCGUGGCAUGUAGAGCCACAGGAACAACCACCCGUGCAACGCAAAGUCACCCUGACAACCGAGUUGUGAAGAUUUUUUAUCAUCUUUCUUUUUUUUUCUGUUUGUAGAGAUGGAUUAUCAUCACAUUAUUGACAUUUUUGGUUUCAUUGAUUUCGUAUGAGGAGAAAUCGUCCUGUAUCACAGUCGUGGGGAAAUUGGCCAAUGAAGAUACAAGGGAAGAUGAUUCCUUGUUGAUAAAGAUAGAAAGGGGAGAUAAUUCUUUUGAACUUUGCCAGUUCUACACGUCAGAUGAAGAUCAAAUAAAUUACAAAUGUGUUGUUUUUUAUGGAUUGUGGAUUCUUGCUUCGUAUGGUAAAUAAAGUUUAGUAAAAACAUGGUGAACAAACACAGGAGUCUGGACCUCCUCUAUUGUAUGAUAAUCCAUUACAAAUAUAUUUUACUCCGACCUCCGACCUCCAGUGACAACAGGAGGAGAAUCCGUGAUUGUUGAGUUUGUUGUAUUGGGUGAAAGGGUUGCUUUUUCAUUGUUUUCUUUUAGAACAUUUUUAAACAAUUUGAUUGGUUUCAGAAUCUUUGUCAUUGUUGAUCAAGCUUGUUCAUUUAUUUGGAAACUUAUUGUUUGUUUUUAUGGAAAGGUUGUCUUCAUAUUUGAUAAACAGCAAUCUGUUUUAGUUACAAAUGAAGCUGACACUCCGUUUUUGUUAUAGAUGAAGAACUUUUUUCCUAUCUUGAUUUCAUAAGUAGAAAUCUUUGUUAUGGUAACAACCACAGUUUUAAUGCACAGUGAAUGCCAGUAAUCUUUGUAAGAUGUGCUGUGGUAACCAGCACUGAUUAGAUUUUAAUUGAGAUGUUCCCUAUUUUUCUUACUGCUAUAUUCAUUAACUGCAACUCGAGCAACAUAUCAGUAUAAAUGAUGCAAAUUUGUGUAAGAAUAUAAUACAGUGUAUUUUUAGAAUGUGUUAUACAAAUUAUAGAAUUAAAUAUAGAUACAUAUCACCUAUAAUGGUUUGGGAAGUUUUGCCAGUCCUGUUAAAUAUUGUGCUUUUAUCAAUCGAUUUUCAUGAUUUGAUGAAUUUUUAUUUCCUAAUAUUGAAUAAUGUUUCUUGAAAUUACGAUGAAUCCCUGCAGUGUAUGUUGAACUGUAUUAUCAAAGAGCAAAUUGUAAAAAGACAUUUUUAAGUGAAGUUGCUUUUUGAUGUAAUUGUUUUCACAUCACAUGUUGCCUACAAAGGUUUACCAAUAGAUGGGAUACAUUAUAGAUACAGCCUCGCUAUUUGGAUUAAAAAAGGCCUGUCAGUAAUUUGGAUUAUAGAACGGCCUGUCAGUAAUUUGGAUUAUAGAACGGCCUGUCAGUAAUUUGGAUUAUAUAACGGUUUGUCAGUAAUUUUGAUUAUAUAACGGCUUGUCAGUAAUUCAGAUUAUAGAACGGCUUGUCAGUAAUUUGAAUUAAAGAAUAGCCUGUCAGUAAUUUGGAUUAUAUAACGGCCUGUCAGUAAUUUGGAUUAUAUAACGGCCUGUCAGUAAUUUAGAUUAUAGAACGGCCUGUCAGUAAUUUGGAUUAUAGAACGGUUUGUCAGUAAUUUGGAUUAUAGAACGGCUUGUCAGUAAUUUGGAUUAUAGAAUGGCCUGUCAGUAAUUUGGAUUAUAGAACGGUUUGUCAGUAAUUUGGAUUAUAGAACGGCUUGUCGGUAAUUUGGAUUAUAGAAUGGCCUGUCAGUAAUUUGGAUUAUAGAAUGGCCUGUCAGUAAUUUAGAUUAUAUAAUGGCCUGUCAGUAAUUUAGAUUAUAUAACAGCCUGUCAGUAAUUUAGAUUAUAUAACGACCUGUCAGUAAUUUAGAUUAUAUAACGGCCUGUCAGUAAUUUAGAUUAUAUAACGGCCUGUCAGUAAUUUGGAUUAUAGAACGGCUUGUCAGUAAUUUGGAUUAUAGAAUGGCCUGUCAGUAAUUUGGAUUAUAGAAUGGCCUGUCAGUAAUUUAGAUUAUAUAAUGGCCUGUCAGUAAUUUGGAUUAUAGAACGGCUUGUCAGUAAUUUGGAUUAUAGAAUGGCCUGUCAGUAAUUUGGAUUAUAGAACGGUUUGUCAGUAAUUUGGAUUAUAGAACGGCUUGUCGGUAAUUUGGAUUAUAGAAUGGCCUGUCAGUAAUUUGGAUUAUAGAAUGGCCUGUCAGUAAUUUAGAUUAUAUAAUGGCCUGUCAGUAAUUUAGAUUAUAUAACAGCCUGUCAGUAAUUUAGAUUAUAUAACGGCCUGUCAGUAAUUUAGAUUAUAUAAUGGCCUGUCAGUAAUUUGGAUUAUAGAACGGCUUGUCAGUAAUUUGGAUUAUAGAAUGGCCUGUCAGUAAUUUGGAUUAUAGAACGGUUUGUCAGUAAUUUGGAUUAUAGAACGGCUUGUCGGUAAUUUGGAUUAUAGAAUGGCCUGUCAGUAAUUUGGAUUAUAGAAUGGCCUGUCAGUAAUUUAGAUUAUAUAAUGGCCUGUCAGUAAUUUAGAUUAUAUAACAGCCUGUCAGUAAUUUAGAUUAUAUAACGGCCUGUCAGUAAUUUAGAUUAUAUAAUGGCCUGUCAGUAAUUUAGAUUAUAUAACGGCCUGUCAGUAAUUUAGAUUAUAGAACGGUUUGUCAGUAAUUUGGAUUAUAGAACGGCUUGUCAGUAAUUUGGAUUAUAUAAUGGCCUGUCAGUAAUUUAGAUUAUAGAACGGUUUGUCAGUAAUUUGGAUUAUAGAACGGCUUGUCAGUAAUUUGGAUUAUAGAAUGGCCUGUCAGUAAUUUGGAUUAUAUAACGGCCUGUCAGUAAUUUAGAUUAUAUAACGGCCUGUCAGUAAUUUAGAUUAUAUAAUGGCCUGUCAGUAAUUUAGAUUAUAGAAUGGUUUGUCAGUAAUUUGGAUUAUAGAACGGCUUGUCAGUAAUUUGGAUUAUAUAAUGGCCUGUCAGUAAUUUAGAUUAUAUAAUGGCCUGUCAGUAAUUUAGAUUAUAUAAUGGCCUGUCAGUAAUUUAGAUUAUAGAACGGUUUGUCAGUAAUUUGGAUUAUAGAACGGCUUGUCAGUAAUUUGGAUUAUAUAAUGGCCUGUCAGUAAUUUAGAUUAUAGAACGGUUUGUCAGUAAUUUGGAUUAUAGAACGGCUUGUCAGUAAUUUGGAUUAUAGAAUGGCCUGUCAGUAAUUUGGAUUAUAUAACGGCCUGUCAGUAAUUUAGAUUAUAUAACGGCCUGUCAGUAAUUUAGAUUAUAUAAUGGCCUGUCAGUAAUUUAGAUUAUAGAACGGUUUGUCAGUAAUUUGGAUUAUAGAACGGCUUGUCAGUAAUUUGGAUUAUAUAAUGGCCUGUCAGUAAUUUAGAUUAUAUAAUGGCCUGUCAGUAAUUUAGAUUAUAGAAUGGCCUGUCAGUAAUUUGGAUUAUAGAACGGCUUGUCAGUAAUUUGGAUUAUAGAACGGUUUGUCAGUAAUUUAGAUUAUAUAACGGCCUGUCAGUAAUUUAGAUUAUAUAACGGCCUGUCAGUAAUUUAGAUUAUAUAAUGGCCUGUCAGUAAUUUGGAUUAUAUAACGGCCUGUCAGUAAUUUGGAUUAUAGAACGGCCUGUCAGUAAUUUGGAUUAUAGAACGGUUUGUCAGUAAUUUGGAUUAUAUAACGGCCUGUCAGUAAUUUAGAUUAUAGAACGGUUUGUCAGUAAUUUGGAUUAUAGAACGGCUUGUCAGUAAUUUGGAUUAUAGAAUGGCCUGUCAGUAAUUUGGAUUAUAUAACAACCAGUAAUUUGGACUAUAUAACAGCCUGUCAGUAAUUUGGAUUAUAGAAUGGCCUGUCAGUAAUUUAGAUUAUAUAACGGCCUGUCAGUAAUUUAGAUUAUAUAACGGCCUGUCAGUAAUUUAGAUUAUAUAACGGCUUGUCAGUAAUUCAGGGACACAUCAAUAACUCAUUAUGUUCAAUAAUGAUUUGUAAGAGAGACACAGUGUUGAUCUAGUCACGUAAUGACUUGAGAAUGUUGAUAAUUACAAAGAUAGAAUUGAUGAUGAAUAUGUAAUGUAAUCAGAGAAAUAUAUUCGGUGAUCCAGUUCAGUGUCGCGUGACAAGAAAAGCCAAAAAAAAAAUUCACAGAUUCACUAAAUUUGUAUGUAGAAAAGGAAAAAAGGUCAUGAACUGUUUGUUUUCAUGUUUGAAGCGGGAGGAAACGGAUCAUGAACUUUUUGUUUACAUGUUUGUAGCGGGAGGAUUUUAACGCUGAUUUCAGGCAAUUUUACCUGAUAAAAAAAUUGGGGCAUUUGUGAAAGAAUGUUUAAAAAAUGAUCAGCUGAUAGAAAAUAUUUUGUAAUUCUAUUGGUCCAGUUCAUGUUACAACGUACAUGUUGAUGUGGCAGUGGGACGGUAGUGUUAAAUGUUUGCCAUGUUACUGGGGUAUAACUGUCAUGUAAUAUCAUUUUUAUGUCAAUCAUUCCAUUAUACAUACAAGGUCUGGGAUCUAACAGAUGCUACAUCAUAUAUAUACUGUGUAUUAAUGCCACUAAUAGAAUUUACGUCAAAUUACAAAUUACCAGUUAUUGGGAAUUUGUUAUUUUCAAGAUUGUUUUACAUCUAAUGAAUUUUUAAAUCUUAUUUAAAAAUAUAUAUAUACUGGGGAAUAUGAUGGCUAAUCUCUUUAGUAUAAAUUUAAUCAUUCCACAAUUCUGGUUAGCAUUAAUUCAGAAAUCAAUGUCGGGUACAAGUGUGUUUUAUGUUGAACAAAAAUGUUAGUUACUGGGUAAAUUGAAAUAUUUAAAUUGCUAUUUUGUUUUUCAAAAUUAUUCAAGCAUUCCUAUAAAACGUCGGGUAACGUUUUUGUUAAUUACUUAAUUAUCACAUACGAUCUACGAUAUUUCCUCAGAAAAAACUUUGUCUGUUUUCAUUGAUCAGAUUUAACCCUGCUUGUAAUGUAUCAAUUAAUAUUUACCUUAAUUAUGAGUAUGACAGUGAAAUCAACAAUGUUUCUUAUUUUUAAAACUGAUUUAUUCAUCUUGGGAGUUGUCUCCCUGGAAACAUCUAUUUUAAAAGUGAAUAUCGUAGAUCCUAUGAGUUUAAGUUAUUACUUACCAUUCCAAUAUAAGUACACUUUAGUAGACUUGGUCCUAAAUGAUUUCAGUCGGUGAAUUGGCAAUAACUUACUGUAGGUUGUGAAGUGUUUUAUGAUGUGCGACGUUUACCGUCCGUAAUUCAGAUUUUUUAAUCAGUUUUAAAGUUCAGUGUUGUGACUGUUAUUAAGGACAUUCUUUUUGUAAUUUUGGGUUGUGAAGGUUCAAGUGUUUUCUGGUAAAUUUAUACAUACCAGGCGCCUAUCCGGGCACUAAAUCUGAUUCCAUUGUAAAAGUUGAGAACUCUGACCAAUGUGUGUAUACUGAAGUUAUAUACUAAAGCAUUACUUUACGUGUAUCUGCAUGCAGAAUGGACAUUUCCUGUCAUUGUCAGAAAUGAAAUGUGUUUCUGGCUAGGUUGUUGGCAUAUUUUUAACAAUAAAAUUACUUUGUGUAUUAUGGAUAAUGUACCACAGCCACACUCUUUAAUAGUAAGAUUACUUUGUGUAUUUUGGAUAAUGUACCACAGCCACACUCUUUAAUAGUAAGAUUACUUUGUGUAUUUUGGAUAAUGUACCACAGCCACACUCUUUAAUAGUAAGAUUACUUUGUGUAUUAUGGAUAAUGUACCACAGCCACACUCCGUAUCCAGAACACCAGUAUCACGCGUCACUGUAAUGCAGUAUAAAUAUAAUGGAGGUUUACAUUUGUUUUUAAUAAAAGUCCUAUUCGUGAAUGUGUCGUCCAUUUAAGCCCAAUGUCCUGUUUGAAAAAAUGUGUUGCCAAUGAUAGUAUUUUCAGUCUUUUCAUUUCUUGCCUUUGUUCAUUUUUAUUUUCACGUAUUGAAUAUGUUGUGUGUGAAAAUGUUGCUUGCUAAAAAGUGUCAGUGUUUUAGUCACCUGAAACUCAAUUUCUGCUUGACCUUCAAAUUUGUUGUCUGCAUAAAAUGUCCAGUUUUUUUCCCAAUUUUCAAACAUUUGAUUUUUAAAUAAAAUUUUUGCAUUGAUAUGUAGUUUUAAUAAUCAAGUUGAAGUUAUGCUGUUCUACAUGGACAUGGUUUAAUCAAAUGUUUCUGAGGUAAUAAGGUGAUAUUUUAUACAGUUACAAUUGUAGUGUGAAUGUUUUAUCAGAACUUUUACUGCUAUCUUCCUAAGUAUGAUUUGGUGCUGAGGGCUAUAAAGACAGGUAUAGAUCUGUUAGACCAGCAUUAGAUAACAUUUCUGGAAGGUCUGAUCUGAGACGAACCAAUUAGUGACUAUUCUUUAAAUUCUUGUUCUAGUUUAAACAAUUAAAUAUGUUUAGUUAUGUGACCAAAGUAAAAAAAAAAAAAAAUAGUUAAGUGACCGAGAUAUGUCCUGGUACUCUUUCCGACUCAUUUAAUCGUACGUAAUAUGUCUGUCAUUUAAUCGUACGUAAUAUGUCUGUAAAGUACAUGAUUUAUCUUGUUAUAAACUACAAGCGAUGUCAUAUUUCACAGAAUUGAUUUUAAAACGUGAAUAGAACAAAUGAUAAGUGAUUCUUUAUAUGUAUAAUUGGUAUAAUUGAUUUGAUAUGUCGGCAGAUUGCGUCAUAAAAUAAAUAGAUUUUUAUAGCUGACUGGGAAAUAAACAGAGAAACCGGUUCUAUGUACAGGUCAAAAAUUUAUUCGUCAUUAUUGUAACUCUAUGCCUCGGAAGGAAAUGAACACAGAUAUGUUGAGUUUUGUAUAUGUGGUGGCUGUAUGUUCGUUUUUCACUGAAUCCUGUCCAUAUUUGUAUUUUUCUAGAAAUAAUUCGAUUAACAAUAACAUGAUGACUGGUAAACAGAGUUGUAGGGAUCAUGUCGCUAGGCAAUGGAGUACUGAUAUUAAAAUUUAUUAUUAUAACAUCAGAAGUGUUUUAACGAUAGUAAAAAUAUCAGCUUAUAUCAAAUGGGCAAAUAAUGGACUUUAAUUAUUCAUCAAAAAAGGGUUUAAGAUAUGGUAACAGUACGUUCAUUAGAACAUAUUAAUAGAUUAUAUAUAAAGUUUACAAUACAGAGGCUACAUGAAUUGAGGAUUUGAAAUCAUUAAAAGACAUGAUACCUUGAGAAAUGAAAAAAAAACCAUCAAAAAGCGACAUUUUACAGUUUCCCUAGAGAACGUUAAUGUGUAUUGACUUCUGGAGUAGAGGCUAUUAGAUAGAGAAUAAGCCAGGUAAUGAUUUAAAAUUACUAAAAUCAGAACAGCUCUGCCCUGGUCACGGGAUCUAUGCAUUAUAUCCACUAACUUAGUAAGAAUGCAUGUGCCUUGUAAAAACUCAAUGUAACGUCCAAUAUGAUAUAUUUUAUGAUCGAUUGUAAAUUUUGCUCAUUAAAACACGCACAUGAUAGAAGCAUAUUACCUAUAUAACAUGUUUGUAUAUUUUGGUGUAUGAAUAGGAUAUCAUUAAAACAAAUUUUGUAUAGAUGUACGAUAUUCAGGAUUCUGUGUUUUCAAGCUUCAUAAGAAAAGAAAAAAAAAUCAAUACUUCAACUGAACUGUUACAUCCUGAUGAUGCUUCAGGUCAAGAAUUCGGUGUUUGAGUUCUGGAUAUGUUAUUUCAAUUUGAUAGUGGGAGAAAAUUGUAAAAUUUUGAAAUACAAAACGUGUUACCAUUGUUGUAUUUUAUGAAGCUUGUCACCACCAGAUCCAGAUUCUCUGUAUUGAUAAUUCAAUACUAAUUUGUAAUUAGUCACUAGCUGAAUUAAUAUGCUAAUAUUUGCCUGUCAUCCAUUAUAAACAAAUGUAUAAAAAUCCAUAACAUCAACUCUUUAGUAUCUAGCUUCAGUCAAGCGCUCUAUCCCUGUCGACCGUUUGUAACAUUAUGAUAUUAUAUUAUGGUAGCAGUAUGAUAUUCUGUUCUCUGCUAUGUAUUGUAUACGAUCACCAUUUGUGCCAUUGUCACACAUACUACAGCUGUCUAACUUUCUACUACACAAAUGUGCUUCGUCUUGGAAUAAACUUGUUAAUAAGUGUAUAA